AUGGAGCAGGUCAAUGAGACCUCAGUGAGGGAGUUCAUCUUCCUCUGCUUCUCCUCUCUGGCUGGGCUGCAGCAACUACUCUUCGUUGUUUUCCUGCUCGUCUACCUGUUCACUCUGGGCACCAAUGCCAUUAUCAUUUCCACCAUCGUGCUGGACAGAGCCCUUCACACCCCCAUGUACUUCUUCCUCGCUGUUCUCUCUUGCUUUGAGACAUGCUACACCUUCGUCAUUGUACCCAAGAUGCUGGUGGAUCUGCUGGCUCAGAAGGAGACCAUCUCCUUCCUGGGCUGCACUAUCCAGAUGUUUACUUUUCUCUUCCUUGGCUGCUCUCACUCUUUCCUGCUGGCAGCUAUGGGCUAUGACCGCUACCUAGCCAUCUGUAACCCUCUGCGCUACACUGUGAUCAUGGGGCCUGGGGUGUGUGGGGGCCUGGUGGCUGUUGCCUGUGCCUGUGGCUUUACUGUUGCACAGAUCAUCACCUCCCUGGUAUGUCAUCUGCCCUUCCACUCCUCCAACCGACUCCAUCACUUCUUCUGUGACAUCUCUCCUGUCCUCAAGCUGGCAUCCCACCAUCCCAACUUUAGUCAGUUGGUCAUAUUUAUGCUGGGUGUGUUUGUCUUGGUAAUUCCACUGCUACUUAUUCUCAUCUCCUACAUCCGCAUCAUUUCUGCCAUCAUGAAAAUCUCAUCCACUGUUGGAAGGUACAAGGCCUUCUCUACCUGUGGCUCCCAUCUCAUUGUGGUGACUGUUUAUUAUGGUUGUGCCUCUUUCAUCUACUUAAGGCCAAAAUCUAAUUAUUCUUCAAGUCUGGACAGCCUAAUAUCUGUGUCUUAUACCAUCCUCACUCCAUUGUUCAAUCCAAUGAUUUACAGUCUGAGAAAUAAGGAAUUCAAAUCAGCCUUUAGAAGAGUAAUGGGCCAGAUUUCAUAUCCUGCUCAUUAA